AUGGCAACGGCCGCCUCCGCCUCCCCCGGCGCGUUCGGCGCCAAAACCCCAGCCCCAGCCCGUGGGCUGAGCACGCACCGGGCCCUGACCCCGAGCCCCGCAUUCGCGAGGCCUUCGCCGCGCACCCCCGCCUGCGGCAGGUCCCGCGCCAGCCUCCACCUCGGCGGCGUGGGCGCGGCGGCCAGCAGCAGCAGCGCCGCCGCCGCCGGCAACGGCACCGGGCUCCACGUGCCCCCCACGAUCGCGCCGCUCGCCGUGCCCAAGAUGGCCGGCUCCAUGAAGCCCCACAAGAACGUCCUGCUCUUCUACUGCGAGGAGAUGCGGGACCUCGCGCAGCAGGUGGUCGCCCGGAACGAUGACAUCGAGCUGCGUUCCAUCUCAUGGAGGAAAUUUCCCGAUGGAUACCCGAAUUUGUUCAUCUCGAACGCCCACAACAUUCGUGGGCAACAUGUUGCCUUUUUGGCUUCGUUUAGCUCACCCAGUGUCAUAUUUGAGCAACUAUCUGUCAUAUAUAAUCUGCCAAAGUUGUUUAUUUCUUCAUUUACUCUUAUACUCCCGUUUUUCCCAACCGGGACUUCUGAGCGCAUGGAAGAUGAAGGAGAUGUUGCAACCGCCUUUACACUUGCCAGAUUUUUGUCAAAUAUACCAAUAUCACGAGGUGGACCUUCGAGUUUAGUAAUUUUUGAUAUCCAUGCUUUGCAGGAGAGAUUCUACUUUGGAGACUCAGUCUUACCAUGUUUUGAGAGUGGCAUCCCCUUGCUAAAAAGUAGGCUUCAGGAGCUACCUGAUUCCCAUAAUAUAACCAUAGCAUUUCCAGAUGACGGUGCAUGGAAGCGCUUCUAUAAGCAACUUCAACAUUUUCCUAUGGUUGUAUGUAACAAAGUUAGAGAAGGGGAGCAAAGAAUUGUACGGAUAAAAGAGGGUGAUCCUAGAGGCCGUCAUGUUGUUAUAGUGGAUGACUUGGUUCAGUCUGGUGGUACUUUGAUUGAGUGCCAGAAAGUACUAGCUGCUUAUGGAGCAGCAAAGGUCAGUGCAUACGUGACACAUGGCAUUUUCCCCAAUAACUCAUGGGAGAAAUUUCAGCAUGAUAAUGGAGAGGGUCCGGAGCAUGGCCUGAGCCACUUUUGGCUUACUGAUUCAUGCCCCCUUACUGUCAACGCGGUGAAGGGCAGGCGGCCAUUUGAAAUUCUAAGUCUGGCCGGACCUAUUGCUUCUGCUCUCCAGAUUUAG